AUGUGUCUUUGAAAAAAACUUUUCUUUGAAUUUGUAAGCUUAAUGAAAAUAAUUGUCUUAUUUUGGACAAAAAGCCAAUACAGCCCUAGUGGAAAUAGAGUUUUAAUGUGUAGUAUAGAUAUCCUGUAUACAGAACAACGUCUAGCUGCGCUAUUGCCUAAAUCAACAAACCUAAUAUUUUGUUUCAAGAAAAUAUGAUUUACACUGUCAUAUGUAGUAGUUUCCUUUUCGCCAUAGUAAAUGUGUAUUAAUAAGACAUGUUUAAAAUAUAUAUGCGUAUUUUGUUAAAUUAAAACGAAGCUUUUCGUAAGUAUACUUACAUCAUCAGGUAUAAAACUUAAAAACGUGUGCUGAUAUAUAUACAAACAUUACAUAAUUAACACUUUUUCAUAAUGGCAUAACUUAAAGGAGUAUAGUCUUAUGACAAAUUAGAUUUUAGUAUGAACAAAAUCCCCUUGACGAUGUUUUAAUUAUGUAAUUUUUGUAUAUAUAUCAGCACACGUUUUUAAGUUUUAUACCUGAUGAUGUAAGUAUACUUACGAAAAGCUUUGUUUUAAUUUAACAAAAUACACAUAUAUAUAAAACAUGUCUUGUAAAUACACAUUGUCAUCUGUGUUUUGACUCUGAUGGGGUUCUGUUCUGUUUUGUUCUUUAAGGUCUGGUUUAAAUCCAAAGUUUUGACUAACAUGAUUGUGUUGUUUAGAAAAAGUGAGUAGGACACACACAAAGGUGAAACCUUCUAUUGAUAAAGGAUCUUUUAAAAACCAAACAAGAUAUGUUGGCGAUAAUACAACUAUAGAAUGUCGCGCACUUAUUACUGGGUCGAUCAUAGGCUAUGCUAUGUUUAAAUGGAAAGGUCCUUUUAAUCAAACUGUGUUGCAGAAAUUUGUGGAUUCAUUUGAUAUUGAUGAAAAUUUUCUCAAAGGAGUCAAGUUCAGUUGGAUAUACAACUAUAAUCAAUUCCCAAGAAUUGAUGGCGUUGAGGCAGUCUUAUUAAACUUGUCAUUAAAUGAUGCUGGUUAUUACACAUGCUUAGCCAUCAACAACAUUGUAAAUGAUCUGACUACCAUGUAUCUAAAUGUAUUACCAAGAAUAGUUUAUAAAAAUCCACCUCAGCCAACAAAAAAAUCAAAGAAAAUGACACUUAUUGUAGCAAGUUUGGGCGUUUUAAUGGCAAUUGGACUAAUUAUCAUUCCUACUGUGUUUUACACAAUCUUGAAGUUAAAGAAAAAGACUGACAGAGAUGCACUGGCAAUGGAGAUGCUUAAUGGCAAUGCAGGGGAAGAUUGAUGUAUCCUCAUAUGGCCAGUGAUUGUACUAUGUGUAGAUUAUUUUAAAAGAAAGAAAAAAAUAAUAAAUUUGUUUCUUUUAUAAUUUUACUAAAACUGCUUUUAUUUAAGACGUUUAAACGAAAUUUCACUGCAACAUUGAAAUGUAAAAAGAUUUUCGAUUUUCUACAAUGUUAAUGCCCAGCGAACGUUCUGUUUUUAUUCUAGUCUUUAUUUUAGUCUGAAAGACAAACCAAUAUACUAAUCUACAAACGAACGAGUUAAAGAACAAAAACCUUCUGCGGAAAAUCGCUUUCAAAGCAAAAGAGACAUUACCUAAAAAGAUUUAGCUUAUCAAGCCCAAGGAUA